CACCCGGGGAAUUAAAAGAGAGAGGGAAAAAGAGCUCCCGCAGAAACCGCGCAGCUCGCGUCCUCCGCGGCCGGCCGCGGCGUGAUGCGCACGGCCCGGCCCGUGACGCCGCGGCCGCCCCCGUCCCGGUCCCCACGCCCCAGCCGCCAUCGCGCGCCCGGCUCCGGGAUCCCGGCUCGCCGCCUCGCUCCCCAUGGGGCUGCGCCGCUGGCUGCGGAGCGCCUGCUGCUGCUGCCCGUGCCGGUGCCUGGAGGAGCCCGCGCGGCCCGAGAAGGAGCCGCUGGUCAGUAGUAAUAAUCCAUAUUCCUCAUUUGGAGCCACUCUGGAGAGGGAGGAUGAAAAGAAUUUAUGGAGCAUGCCUCAUGAUGUGUCCCACACAGAGGCGGAUGAUGACAGGAUCUUGUACAAUCUGAUCGUCAUUCGUAACCAGCAGACCAAAGACUCAGAGGAGUGGCAAAGACUCAACUAUGAUAUCUACACCCUGCGGCAGGUGCGAAGGGAAGUGAGAAACAGAUGGAGGCGGAUCUUAGAAGAUUUGGGUUUUCAAAGGGAAGCAGACUCUUUGUUGUCAGUGACCAAGCUCAGCACCAUGAGUGAUUCUAAAAACACGAGAAAAGCCCGGGAGAUGCUGUUAAAACUGGCCGAAGAGACCUCUAUCUUCCCAGCCAGUUGGGAGCUCUCUGAGAGGUAUCUCUUGGUUGUGGAUCGUCUCAUCGCUCUGGAUGCUGCUGAAGAGUUCUUUAAGAUCGCUAGCCGAACUUACCCCAAGAAGCCUGGGGUCCCAUGCCUGGCAGACGGCCAGAAGAAACUGCAGUAUCUUCCAUUUCCAAGUCCCUAGAGGGAGGCCAAGAAGGACGGAGUUCUUUCACCUCGGCACCGUCAUUUGCCAAAGUCAGGCAGCUCCCUGCAGUUGAUGAGCCAGGAGAGGGCCUUCUCCACUCCAACACAGCUCUGAAUCCUAUAAAGCAUAAGGUCUUCCUUAGAGCCUUGGCCUAAGAAUGCUUUGGUUACACUGAAACACCCGGGCCCCGGCCAUGAGGGAGGCCAGAGGGUUGGCUGGUGGCUAGUCCUUCCUCCAUAUUCAGAUUCCAAGAACUCGCUGCCUCCUUGGUUAUAAAAGCUACAGCCAUUGAACCCCGGGGAGAUGUUCUCUAAUCAACAGAAUAGCGUGACCAACAGAGAAAGUGUGGCUGAGCCCCGAGUUACUUCACCAACACUGAAGUAGUCAUUAUUAAAUGUAAUACUAGAUGGAGUGCCUCAAAUUUAAUGAAGUUUUAGGCCUCGUAUGACCUCUCUUUGAUUCGGAAACACCUGCAGCAGCUCAAAAGGUUCGGGGCAUCCU